AUGGUGGCUGGCGCGAUCGAGGUUGUGGUGGUUAGGGCAACUUCUUACCUUCCUGGAGUAACCCAUGGAAUGGCUCCAAGAAGCCCCAAUAGCCUAAUCAAUUGUGGCCUCCUUUUGCUCCAAGUUCUGGACCUCAAAGCAACUGGCCUUCCUUUCAGCCCCCUUGGGCCUAAUCUGCCACUUAUAGCAAACACUCUGCCUGGCCCAACUCAGCUAUUGGUGUCUUGGAACUUGCUUGGUGCACCGCCUACAAUACAAAUCAUAAUACUACUCCAACAUGUCCCUAUCAUUACAAUGGCCCAAAAUCUUUUCCUUCCUUUGCUAAGGCUCAAUUCAUGCAGCCACCUGACUCCACUUGGUACCCUGAUAUAG